AUGGUUUCGUUAAAAGGCAAGAGGAAGAUUGAAUUUAUCGAUCUCACGGACUCCAGCGAUCAACCACGCAAAGAAGCGAGGUUCGGUCAUUCAAUUUCUCCCGGUGACCGAAUCGCUAAUUCUCCCCAGAACCUGGUUUCGCUCGCGGCUCAGGGAGGAGGAGGUACGCCGACAGAUGAGGACGACCGUGGUGCCUCGGAGCUUGUGGACGUAUCUCAAAGUUCCCAAGAAGAUGCCUAUACUACUUUCCAGCUAUAUGAUACUCUUUCGUCUAAGGUCGUUGGCCUUAGGUAUUACACAGGGCACGCAACGAUCGGGGAAUGUGUAACAAUUAAAAGAGAGCCAAGUAAUCGUUAUGAUAAAAAUGCAAUCCGGGUUGAUAACGUUAUGGGGGUGCAGAUUGGACAUCUGCCUCGUACUAUUGCUAGCAAGUUAGCGCCGUAUAUGGUAGAAGGUGUAUUAUCCGGCAUUAAGGGUUUCUUUGAUUGCCCCAUCCAGCUUAAACUCUAUGGGACUAGCCACCCAGUUCAACAGCUGGAACUAAUGCAGAAGAUGGAGCGCGAUCGCCUUCCCCUCAAAGCCAUCAAACGCUUCCGAAGUGGAAAGGCGGAGAAGAGUGCUGCGCACCCGCGAAAGGGCCGCAAAUCAGGGCGGUCUCCAGUUGAUGGCAAAGGCCAACAGUGGCAAUCCUCGGGAGACCCAACGUACGCAAAUCUAUAUAUUCCAUCUGGAAAUGAACCUACAAACGAAAUGCUCGCUAGAGGAUAUCAUUGGUCAAAGUAUAACCUUUCAUCUAGAGAGAUGGGCCAGUGUGGCAAAAGUUUGCAACGAAGAGGAACUAGCAAGGAUGCCAAUGGCCUCAUGUCCGAAAGCUCUUUCAACAGAAUUGCUUCCAUACCAACGCCAAGGCCUUGCGUGGAUGCUGGACAAAGAAUCACCGAAGUUGCCAAUGGCGGCAUUCUAGCGGAUGAUAUGGGCCUUGGGAAAACAGUACAGACUAUAUCACUUAUUUUAGCUGAUUCAACUCCAAGAACAAAGGACUCAUCGAAAACGACUCUUGUUAUUUCACCUCUUGGCGUCAUGAGCAACUGGCGAGAUCAAAUCUCACACCAUAUACACAAGGACCAAGCCCUUCGAGUUUUGAUCUAUCACGGAGUUGGGAAGAAGGAGGCAAAAAACCUCAAUACGUACCAUGUAGUCAUUACUACAUAUGGGGCUCUUGCAUCGGAAUAUGCUCUGAUUGAGAACAAACCACUGAAUCCCAAGCCAUCAGAAGGGCUAUUCUCUCUGCGCUGGCGACGUAUCGUCUUAGAUGAGGGACAUACAAUCAGAAACCCACGAACUAGAGGAGCACGCGCUGCAUGCAGGUUGGAAGCCGAUUCCCGGUGGUCUCUCACUGGAACACCCAUCAUCAAUAACCUAAAAGAUUUAUACUCACAAAUAAAAUAUCUACGCAUAUCGGGAGGGCUUGAAGACCUGGCAGUUUUUAAUAGCGCUGUAAUUCGCCCUCUUACAACGUGUGAGCCUAAUGCAAAUCUUCUCCUUCAAGCUUUGAUGGGUACCAUCUGUCUACGACGGAAGAAGGAAAUGAAUUUUAUCAACCUCCGCCUCCCACCCCUUUCUUCCCACGUACUUCGUGUCAAAUUUCUUCCGCACGAACAAGAGAAAUACGAUAUGUUGCAGGCGGAAGCCAAGGGAGUCCUGUUGGACUAUCACGCCAACGCCAAUAACAAAAAGGGCGGGGCAACAUACUCUGUUCUUCUCGAAGUUCUCCUCCGCAUGCGUCAAGUGUGUAAUCACUGGAAGCUUUGCCAAAAUCGCAUUAACAACCUUAUGGAAAUGCUGGAGGAGCACAAGGUGGUAGCACUAACCCCUCAAAAUAUCAAGGCACUUCAAGCUCUUCUUCAGCUUAAAAUAGAAAGUCAAGAAAUAUGUGCCAUUUGCCUUGAUACUCUCCAACAGCCAGUCAUUACUCCAUGUGCUCACACAUUUGACUAUUCUUGUAUCGAGCAAGCCAUUGAACGCCAACACAAAUGCCCUCUCUGCCGAGCGGAAAUCGAAGACUGCAAAAGUCUAGUUGCCCCCUCCGCUGAUUUUGGCGAAGACACAAACGAAAUUGACAUCGACCCCGAAACUACCAGCAGUAAAAUCCAAGCCCUGUUGAAAAUCCUUACAGCAAAGGGCCAAGCACCCAAUACGAAAACUGUAGUGUUCAGCCAAUGGGUAUCUUUCCUGGACAUAGUCGAGCCCCAGCUGGUGCGAAAUGGCAUCACGUUUGCUCGCAUAGAUGGCAAAAUGAGUUCUGCCAAAAGAGAUGCAGCAAUGAACGCUUUAUCAAACGAUUCAAACUGCACCGUCCUUCUUGCUAGUUUGAACGUCUGCAGCGUGGGCCUUAACCUUGUCGCAGCAAAUCAAGUUAUCCUUGCUGAUAGCUGGUGGGCUCCUGCGAUUGAAGACCAGGCUGUUGACCGUGUAUAUCGUCUGGGACAAAAGCGACCGACGACAAUAUGGCGUCUUGUGAUGGAAAAUAGUAUUGAAGACCGGGUACUGGAUAAGCAGAAAGAGAAACACCGGAAGCGUGAUGAUAGAAUGUCACGGGUUGCCGACUUGGAAAAAUUACUUCAUGGCCUCUAUGCAAAUCAGAAACAUGUUUAA